AUGGAACAGCAGACGUCGACGUCAACGGUAACAGUCGAGUAUUUCGAUCCCCACGAUGUUUACAAGCUCCUGGCCCCAGGGCUAGUCCCCCGACUUCCUCUGCACAACCUCAACUGGCAGUCUCACUCCGGGCCGCUGCGGUCAAUCGACACGCUCCAUGUUGAGCUGAUUCGGGGGAGUCUCGAAAUCCCCGAGCUGACCUUGUCACCGACAUCGCGGCGUUCGGGCAGUGUCUCGCGGGCGGGCGACGGUUUGCGAUCACGCAGCGUGAGCGUCUCUACGGACUCGGGAAAAGCUCCGCCGUCGCUUCGUUCGAAAGCUAGUGGGAAUCUACGACGACACCAGAUCCCGGGACUUCGUCGAACCCCAUAUCUCAAGCUGCUGCUGGUACGAUGCGAUGACAACGAUUCAUACAAGAACUCGGUGCGAGCCGAGGUUCGCGAGUGGGUCAAGAACCAUACCUCUCCCGUGAGCACCUCAAAGAAGGGCACUGGCCAAGAGAACCACGAUGCGUUUGAAUGGCUCAUUGUUCACGUCGUCAUCCCCAACACUGCAGCUUCAACUCAGCCGCGAAGCAGCGGAAAGUCGGACUCGGCGGAGAAGAGCACGGCGUCGCGAUGGCGCCCAGGGACAACUCCUUUACUAGAGAAGCUUAGAUCAGACUUUAACGAAACGACCAAGGGAUCUCAGGACCAUGUCUCGCAGAUUAGGAUUGGUAUCAACGACGUACCGUACGAUCUUUUACCUAGGGUUGUGCCGGCAGUGCCAUCAGGUUACAAAGAGACAGAGACAGAUGCCGAAAACGCCUGGAAUGAUUUAAUAGCAAAAGUCAAGAGCCUGAUACUGGCCUCGUUUGACAUGCGAGUCACUCAGUAUGAAGAAGACAUUCGGGAAAAGGACGCGCAGCGAACCCUGCCUGGCUGGAACUUUUGCACCUUCUUUAUUCUCAAAGAGGGGUUGGCGAGGGGAUUUGAGAGCGUCGGUCUUGUAGAAGAUGCGUUAGUCGGGUAUGAUGAGCUCAGCGUCGGACUGGAUACGGUUCUACACGAGCAGCUUGAGACGGGCUCGCCGGAGAGACACGGUGGUGAAAUGCUGGCAUUUACCGCAGAGCUCAGAGACAUUGCUGAGAAAGCACUGGAUAUUGCCGCCGGCGAUAGCAGUGAUGAUGGCAGCGGCACCAACACGAAUGUAGCAGGGGAAAUUAGCGGCCCAAAUUUUGACGAGAUAGCCAUCAGCUCGACAACAAAGGCAUACCGGGACAUGAUCUUGGCGAACAAGGUGUCGGUAUUUGACUUUAGAUGCUACAUCUUCUCCCGCCAAAUUGCCCUGCUGCUGAGGCUAGGCAACGCACUCUCCUCCAAGGAAGAGCUCAUUGCCAUGCUCAAAAACCAGCAGGAGUCUAUCCUCUACGGCGAGGCUCCUAUGGCAUUGCCGCCGCCAAACAACAAAGACGAGCCGGAAAACCUCAUCACGUUUGCAGAGAUAUGUCAGCGGACGCUACAGUUUAUCCCUUCUGUUUCGCAGAUUUUGCGACGAGACGUCAUCCUGGGGUUAACAGCAAGCAAAACACCGAGCCGCAAGCCUCCCAAGCUGAGCCUUGUGGCAGAAGAAACUGUUGACAAUAUGGUGUCCUCAUUUGCUUUUUCUGUUGCCCAGCAAAUCCUUGCUCAAACCUCGACGAAGGCGCUACCGAUCCCGCCGUCUUCGCUGUCAUAUGGAGAUGGGCUUGAGCCAAAGUCUUCUAUCCCUGAACCCAAAACCAUGAUACACCCAGCUCGAAACUCAUCGCUGCUUCCGAGGUCUGGAGGAGGAAGCAUUCCGCCGCCUCCGCUCAGUCCAGGUUUCUUCCCUGGACCGGGUAGACAGUUCCCAGAUGGGCAGGGCACGAACGGCUUUCUCAAAAAUGGCUUGGAGGGCUUGGCGGCUCGCCGAGCCGAACUUUACAUGCUUUCCAGAAGCAUCCUCUCGAGCCUUGGUAAGAAGCGCAGCUGGAGCGACGGCUGGGACGAAGCCCCCUUGGUGAGGGGAAUUGGCAUGGAUGAAAUGGAAGACGUGGAUUUGAACGAUGAUAAUGACAAAGGCAAUGGGUCCGACACUCCUUCCUCACCAGAAGACGCAUACGCUCCGUUGAUGGCGGGUAUCGUUAAUCCCGUGCUACGGACUGCAAUCGACAACAAGGAGGACUUUUAUCGCCUAUUUGAAAUCCUUACGGACAAGGCCAUGCGCCAUUACACGGUAGCCAACCAUGAUCAUGCGGUGCACUCCAGCAUGGCGGAUUUGGCCGUCUUGAAAGUUCAUCUGAAGGACUACAAGGCUGCUUCAUCAUACUUUUCGCUCACCACGCCCUUUUUCGGAGAGAGCGGCUGGAGCCUACUCGAGCUAUCAAUGCUCAUCAUGUAUUGCCAGUGUUUGGAUGAGAUGAAUCCAAAGGGCGAGCAUGUUGGUGUUGCAUUAAAGCUGUUGACCAAGUACUGUGCUGCGGAAAAGGAGCGUCUGCAAAAGAAACCGGGGUUUAAUAGUUUCUCACAAGGCAAGACAUAUCCGGAUGCAUGGCCAGUGACUGGCAUAGUCGAAAAGCUUACACGGCUGGCCAAAUCAUUGUCCAAAGAAGUUAAGAUACCGAUGGAGAAUUUCUUCACAGAUGUGGAACUGGAUGGGUUUCCAGUAUACGAAGACAACCAAGACGGUUGUUCUCUGAAUAUAAGCAUCAGGAGCUUGCUGCCAGAAGAUAUUUCGUUUGAUGCCGCAAAAGUACGAAUCACAUCUGUCGGCGAGGGGCCAAGCAGAGAGCGGUUUUUUGAGGCAGCAACUGGUUCACCCAUCACCUUGGUGCCUGAUCGACUUGUCCUUUCAGCAGAAAAUCUUGUUUUGCACUUUGAGCGGGAUGUCAACGCUUCUACAUCCAGCACAACAGACAUAUUCAAGCACGCCGAUGUCAUGCUUUUCCAGCGCACUAGCACAUUCGAUGUUGUCAUGUCUGCUACGAAGCAGACGUCCUUGGACAAGAAUAACUCUCUUGACUUGGUAAUACACACGGGAUGGAAUUCUAUCAAGAAAUGCGAGGUCCGAGUGAAGCCAGCUACUGGAGGCCUGCGUUUCCUCACUACGGAAGCAGCAUUUGUGGGCUCUUCAAUGGAGUUUGCGAAGCCUCCCGAGGCUGGCGUGUUUCAUUUUGAUGCCAUCGCCGCAGACACGGUGGUGACGAUACGAUUCCCAUACUCUGUGGAGCAGGAUGUGGGGGAUAUCUUUGCAAAGAUUGAAGCUACUUAUGUUACGGAAGCGGACGAGACAUAUCAUCUGGCCACAUCUCUGGCAGUCCAUGUGGCUUUGGCACUCGGGGUGAAUGUGCAAGAUGUCUUCAAGCACCAAGCACUCUUUUCUCGGUUCAACGUGUCGACGGCAUCAUCCAGCCCGCUACGGCUCUACAAGAGCGAGCUCCUAAGCUCGGAUCUCUUUGAUUCCGUAUUUGGCGUGCCUCCGGCAAAUCCCGUCUUCAUAUUCCCUAAGCAGCCAGCGAGCUUGCUGUUUAAAGUGAAGAGGAUACCGGGGGUAAAGCCGAUGCCAAAGGGAGGCAGGACCUUGUAUCUGAAGCUUGACUACACUUUGCUGGAAGUUGAGAUGGAAGAACUGGUUAAGCGGUCUCUAAUAGAAGCCUUGGAGGUGACGCCCCUGAGGCAAUACUCCAAGUAUGUUGUGGCAAUGGUUUGGCACGAGUUAAAGGCCAAAUCACAGCCGCGAGAUCUUGAGCAAGCCACGCUGCUGGGAGAGAUGGCAAUCACUGAUUUGAAGGACGUCACAUGGGAGAGGCACUUUGCAGGGAUUGGAGGAGCCCCCGGAGUCGGGGAGAACGCGGCCGAGGGGCUGUCGGCGUUUGUGCGAACUUGGCAGAAAGCCAACAGCCGUCUCGCCAUACCAAGAGAGGGCGUAAUCGACCCGUCGUCGAUUCUCAUCCCGGUGGAAAUACCCGCGCUGCCAGUCCUCCACACGGCAGACAUCCGCCUGCAGAGCCUCAUCCCAAGUCCCGUGGUGGGCAGCGCAGGCGGGGGGCUCCCAACCGUCUGCACGAACCAGAUGCUCCCGGCGACGCUGCACCUCAAGUGGACGCGGAUCUGGGACACGGACUCUUCUGUCCGCAGCGAUCAGGAGUUUAGCUAUGAGGUGACGGCGCCCGCCGAUACGUGGCUCGUGGGCGGGCGUCGAAAGGGUCACUUUGUCAUCCCGGGGCCGUCGGCUUCGUCGCCGGCGCAGACCAUGACGUCGACGCCAGAGACGGAGGCUGAGAUUCCGCUCAUCCUGAUCCCCCUGCGGGAAGGCUGGCUGCCGUAUCCGCUGGUCGAGAUCAGAGAGGUCGUCAAUGCGGAGGGGGAUGGUGGUCAGGGCCAGGCCACGGCGCAGGGGUGCGAGGUUGACUUGAGGAAUCUGGGAGAGACGGUGCGCGUCGUGGGAGACAGGAGCGGCAUGACGGUGAGCCUUGAUGCGAGCGGCCCAGGGGGAGGCCCGUUGGUGUUUGAGAGCGAGCGGUUGGCCGGGUUCAAGGGCAGAAUCGUCGAGUGA